AUGGCACAGCACUUCUCAGCUACUACCAAGAUGAACGCGAGCAAUGCUGUCAAAGACAGCAAUAUCCCCAAUAACAGCAUCAACCACCACACCAACCACCAAAUGGCAUCAUCAGCCGCUACCAGAGUCUUCAGCAUACCAGAGCUCCUCGAGAACAUCCUCAUAUACAUGGGCAACAACCUCACAGCACAACUUGGCGAGCUUCGCUGGGGCAAGAACAAACUCCCUCCGCCGCAAUUCGACCUUUUCGUCAUGAAGAGGGUCAACAACACUUUCGAGGCAGUGAUCGAAAAGUCAAAAACAUGCCGCCAGCUCAUGCUUCUCCAACCUUUGGAUGACACCCGCGACAGUCAGAGAAGGCUGGCUGGCUGGCUCUUUGCCCAGCUUGGCUUUUGCACAGAUUACGGCCUCAACAAUGCUCCCUGGUGUGACGCUGACGUCCAGCUCGUCGAUGGCAGCUACUUAGAGGUCACGGGUCAGUUGCGUGACACGGUGGCAUACUUCGCCAAACUCGAGGCAUACCGCAGCCUCAAGUGGGUCAGAAGGCACUGGCCCAAAGCAACGCGAGAGGCGCAGAAGCCAUACUCACACAUGAAGCUAGGUGUGGACGUCUGGGUGGAGCAGGAGCUGACAGAGUCUCUCGAUGACGAUUUGCAGCCAUCGUGGCGUUGGGAGAGGAGCCUGGAGGAUUACGAGAGCUACAGAGAGGAGAUUUCCCAAGAGCCGGGAGACUUUGGCACGCUGCUUGAUCAUGUCCUCGCUGUGCUGAGUCGUAGCCCUAGUCAACAUCGGGCGGCGCGCGGGACUAAGAUGAGUUAUGAGGUGCUCGGGCCCUGGCAUCCUGAUUAUCAGGACCUUGAUGAUGUACAGGUGAAGUACACGAGGGUGGCUAAAGGAGCUAGGGUGUGGCGCGUGUAG